UUAUUUUCUGGGCGUUUCAUUCUGUUUCCCAGCCAAAGAAAGUUCUUCAGUUCAAGCUAGUUAUGCACAUGGACUAAGUUCACUCAGUUUUGCAAGUUCAGCACUUCCACAACUUGAAAGAAUGACUUUAUUUAACGGUCUAUCUCCUGCAAAAAUGAAAACACCAGAGAUUCCUCAAAUUGUAUAUUGUGGCAAUCCAAGAAUUGUUUUGGCAGAAAAUAUAAAUUCGGAAGAUGGACGUUUAAUUGGACUUAAAAUUAAAUUUAAAAUUGAAGAAGUAACUGAUCAUUCGGUAGAUGAACUUCAAUUAGUUGAAUUUGAAAGACCAAUAUUUUUUAAUGAUACGCAAGAGGCGGUAAUGACUAAAUUGGGUGCUCCUUCAAAAAUUUAUUACAAAUCUGAAGAAAAAAUGUUAAUACAACGAAGUACAACAGUCUCGGAGAGAUUAAAUGAUGGAGAAGAUGACAAGGCUGAUUUCUUCUUUAAUUACUUCUCGUUGGGAAUGGAUUUACUUUUUGACAUUGAAACUCGCCGAUUAGUUAAAUUUGUUUUACAUACAAACGUCCCAGGCCAUUUUGAUUUUGGUAUUUAUGACAGAUGUGAAUUUAUAUUGAAAGCUGAAACAAAAUCGAUGGAAGAAUUAAAUAUUGGGACAGAAUCGAAAUUGGAAGCUUUCCGUUCACUUUUUGAUCAUCACCAACCCAAUUCAAAUGUUUCAACAGGGAAUAAUGAUACUUUCAGUGGCCCUGUAGUACUAAACAAAAGUUCGUCGGAAGGGGAAAAUCCUUUUGGAUCUUCAUUUUGUUAUGGAACUGAUCAAAUGAUUUUUGAGGUUUUGGAUAAUGGGCAUAUUGCGAGUGUUGUACUUUUUGACCCUUUAUUAGGGCCUUAA